AUGAGCUUUUAUACGGUUGUUGGAGUGUUGUUGGUAGUCGUAAUUUCCUCCUGUAUAUUUUGGACGAUAGCACCAAAGGAGAAUCAAACUGUUUGGAGGAGUACUGUGAUCCUCUCCAUGGCCAUGAUGUACCUGAUGUGGGCCAUAACGUAUUUGUGCCAACUGCAUCCAUUAGUAUUUCCAAGACGUUCAGAUAUGAGAGCUGAAUAA